UGGAAAGCGACAACUUAACACUCAUAAAUUUCUGAACAAGAGUAAGAUUGAGAUUCUACUAAAUGAUAGUGUUUCCUGUACUAAAUGUAAAAUGAUCGUGUUAUUUCUUGAUCGAUUAGCAUUAGCUUCAGCUUCACGUCCAGCCAACUCGUUGUAGUCGUACUCGUACUUUUUAUAUUUUUUAUUUUACUUUUUUAUAUUUGAAAAAAGUCGUGCAUCACCAUCACGAUCAACAUCACCAUCACAUCUUCUGGAUCUGGCUACUCUUCCUGUUGCAAUCUCUUCGCUCGUUCUUCUAGGCAGUGUGACAGGACUUUUUUUCGAUUUUCGUGAUGCAGCGAAGUCCGGCGGAUCAGGAACGCUCUCAGUCAGAUAUGUACGCGAUGUCUGGAGGCGGAUCGAUGCAAGGAAAAGGCGGCCAUCAUGUAUAUCAUCAUGAUCAUCUUGAAAUAGCUUUACAGUUAAUCUUGCCGAGAAAAUCACAUUACUCGAUCAUCCUCAAAAGUCAGAGGCCUGAGUUGGUCUUUUCAGGCAGCGGCUGUAGAAGUUUGCCAUGAUCGAAUAUUACUUGUACUGGUUUGCUGUCUAAUGGUAAUGCAAGUGCGGUUGUCCUCAUCUACAGACUGAAACUACUGUUGAUUCUUCAAUUUGUGAAUUUGGAAACAACGCAGGCUUUCGCACCGGCGGGAAGCUCAGCGUCUGUACGGAAGAGGAACCUUCUGCAGAACAUGCAUCAUAGACCACAGCAUACUCGAAGCCACAAAUCGGGAGUCAGUAGAGGGAAUACGGCACCACAAGCAGCCUACAACAAUACAUCUGCCCCUUUGCCGGCAUGGGCAUCUGCCACAUCCAGCAGCAGCGUCGUCAUUGUAGAAGAAGAAGACGUCGGCACAAGCGCGAGCAGCGGC